AUGUGUUACCGUCUCGUCGAGCGCUACUCCGUCUGCCGCUGUGUCUACUACGAGCACAGCAUCGACAUGUGCGCCGCCGCCAACCAGCAAGGCCACCGCAUACAAGAGAAGACCAUUCUCGUCGGCUACCUACUCUGGCUACGCCAGCCGCGACUCCCACCACCGCUCGCCGCGUCACCACCGCAGAUGAUGGGUCCUGUCUUCCGUAGCCGGCGCGGCCGCCUGGCGCUCCUCCCCCCUCGCGCUGUUCGAGCUCAAAGCCUGGGCCGUCUACCUCUUCUCCUUCCGUCGUCGACACUCCAGCGUGCCGCCCUCGGGCCUGACGCGCUUGUUUGCCCCGCACCACGUGCCGGCUUCUAUGCCGUAGUCAUGAGUGUUGCUGGCGUGUCGACGGUGGGGUGGAUGGUACGAUGGAUGGCCUAUUUCUUUGCUGCCCGAGUUCUCCUUUCAGAAGUCCUAUUAUGGAUGGCGCCGCCGCCAGGUUCGCCGACUACAGAAGACAUACAUGGAAUGUUACGCAUCGAGACGAAACACGUUAGAGACGAAACGCAAAACAACGCGCAUGAGUAG